AUGGAUAUAGCUGAGUCUCUUGAAAAUGCCACCCACACGGAGGCCAUCAGAUGUGUCGACAUGCACACAACCGGCGAGCCAACCCGAAUCGUCUACUCGGGUUUCCCUCCGCUAUAUGGAACUCUCCUCGAACAACGCGACCAAGCAACACAAAAGUACGACCACAUCCGUAAGCGGGUUAUGCUUGAGCCUCGCGGACACGAUGGCAUGUAUGGGGCGAUUAUCCGGCCAAAAACAGAGCUGGUUCAAUCUGGGGAUGCCCAUGUUGGGACACUCUUCAUCCACAAUGAAGGAUUCUCUACCAUGUGUGGACAUGCAACAAUCGGUCUUGGACGAUUCUUUGUGGAUACGCAUGACCCGAACGUCUUUCCCUAUCGCGAUCAACUGAAACUCGAUGUCGCGACACAAACAGUCAAUGUCAAUAUCCAUGCCCCGUGUGGACUGAUACGAGUGACGGUUCCUACCACGGCAGACGGGCGUAAAUCUGACCCUUCGCGCCCGGUCACAUUCCUAUCAACGCCUGCAUUUGCAACAGCUAUUCAAGUGAGGAUUCCCAUCCCUCAUGAAAUCCGAUGGCCAGCGUUGGGAUCCAACAAGCAGUCUAUCACCUUGGAUGUCAGCUAUGGCGGUGCAUUCUAUGCCAUUGUAGAUGCCAAAGAACUUGGCUUCUUAAGCGGCUUGAAUAAUGUGGACUUGGACGUCAUGACAUCUUGUGCCCAGAAACUGAAGCCAUACCUGAUGACAAGACCUGAGAUCAUAUCCGCCGUCCAACACCCCGAGGACAAGCGUCUGUCUUUCUUAUAUUCAGUGAUGGUUGUGGAUUCUGAAAUCGGAUCGAAGCCGAACAACGUCACCGGAGCAGAAACUGGACUCUGUUACUUUGCUGAGAGCCAGAUUGACCGAUCACCAACAGGUUCGUGUGUCACGGCUCGAAUGGCAUUGGCCCAUGCAAAGGGCUUGCGGCCUGCUGGUCAACGCUGGGCAUAUAAUUCUCUGGUAUCCAACCACUUUGGGGAGGGCUCAUUCAGUGCCGAGAUCGUCGAGGACUUGAAGGAUUCUGUGGUUGUACAGGUCGAGGGGCAGGCGUUUUACACGGGGACGUCUAUUUUUGUUGUGGAAGAGGGAGAUGCAACAUCUUCCAGUGGUUUCACGAUGAAGGACGUAGUAUAA